AUGGCAUGGUUUCCCGCGGAUCCGAAUUGGACUGGCUUCUACCUGCCACGAGGGACCGAACAAGAGCUGGAAGAUUUCGAAAGCAUCCUCCGCGACAUACCGCAGCCUGCCAGCCAGCAGCAUGCAAUGUCCAGUGACCCCCAACAUGAUCUCCCGACGGUGGAUGCGACAUCCCCAGAUUUAUAUAGUACGAGCUUAAUGGCUCCAUCGACCAAUGAUAAUCCCGGGCUCAGCAAUCAAGCCACGAUCGGUGGAGACAGCCUAUUCCCCAACGCAUCCAAUCAGCCACACAGUAUGACACUGGCUCCUCGUGCUGAGCAGCCGUCAGAACAAUUGGCGAACCCCCGAGCAGCCGCCAAUGCUCGUACAGCCCGAACCCCUCGAAGGUCUCUUCAACCAGGGGGUAACGGGAGCACUCUAUUCCGAUGUGGCUGGAAGGACUGCACAUAUGACGGCACAUUUGGGCGGGAGGCCGAAUUAAUGCGACAUGUUAAACUCCUGCAUGUGUCGCCGCGUUCAUAUGAAUGCCGGAUGUUAGGAUGUGGGAGGGUCUUUAAUCGGCGAGAUAAUCUGUUGGAUCAUCGGCGCCGGGCACAUCCUAUCCAGCAGUAG